AAUUGAAGUUUUUGAAGGAGCAACACUUAUGAUGCAGUACUACCUUACACUGGAAGCAAAUAGUCAAGGCUGAGUGGUUAGUUUUGAUCCUGCAGUUAGUCGUGACCUUGGUUCUCAAGUUGUUAUUUCUAGUAGCGAGGACACAGAAGCAAUCUAUCAAUGAUUAUCGUGCAGAGUUUCAAAGUUAACGUUGGGUUUAUUCCACUCAAUACUGUUGCUACAGUUCUUCAUGGGUUCUCUACAGGGCAACCUAGAAGUUCUUCAAAUUAUGUAAUACUGCCUAUUGGUGCUUAUGGAAUUCAGUUUCUUCGACUCAUUAGAGCAUCUUAUUUACUGGAUAGAAUGGGUUCCUUCUCACCUGCAUCUGCACCUUAUGGUAUUCUUACUAUUCUGAUGGAAGAUGAAAAACUACGUCUUAAUCCAGUAAUUAUUGGUUCUCACUCAUGGUAUUCUGCUCAACAAAAAUCUAAUUGCUAUACUCGGUUGUUGGAAAUGAGAAGCUAUAUACAAUUCGAGUUCUGUAUAUGGACAAUGGAGAUAAAGCUGGUACUCGGUAUGCUUUACAUUCCAAAUAUGUUAAUGUUAGUGGUCAUGUUGAAGUGGAAAUUCAAGUUGGUUUUAAUUGGGUUCUGGAGCGUAACAAAUGUUAGCUGGGUCAGUAAGGGUUUGAUCUCAGUGGAAAGCUUGGUCGUAAAAUGGAACUGUACGAGUCAUCCGUUCUGGAAAGUUGAGGUCCACAAUCUAAUUACAGCAACUCUUAUGAAGGGCAAUAUAUUCUGGAAAAGUUUACAAAGUCUGGCGAAAGACAGUAAUUACAUCUUAAUUCUUAUGGGUUUACUUAAACACCCUAGCUCCAGUUUUUGUUGUAGUCGCGAAUUGUAUUUUGGCUCGGAGGAAACCCUUGGAAGAGUAGUGGGUAUCAAGAAGGUGCUUGUACAGGUUCAUGGUGGUGAAAUUUUUUGUGCAGGAAUCAGUAUACAUAGGUCCUUCCUAACUCUAUCUCUUAGCACUAGAGCAUUACCACCAGGGGUGCCAGACAUCUUUGCUACAUUUUGGGAGUCUCCUAGUUCAUUUGUAUUUGAUAGGGGGAAAUUUGUUUUACAUCAUGUAUGGGGAUUGUGGUACCAAUCAAAGAAAUAUGAUAAUUGGGCAGAUUUUAGGAUUCAUAUUGAGGCUGUAUUGAAACGGGCGGAUCAAGUUUCUGCAGUUUUCCACAUGGAAGAAGACAGAGAUCAUGAAACUCAUGCCUUAGCUAGUCGUGGAGUUGCACCUCAUAUGCAGAUUUAUAAAGUUGUUAUUUCUGGCGAAACGAGAACAAUAACCAAGAGUAAGCUUACAAGCACUACUUGUACCAGUGAUUACCAAGCCGUGCAAUAUGGAGAUUGUGGGCCUGUUUACCAUGGAAAGACAAGCAAGAGGGACUUCUGUUUCCUAGCGGGAUUUAUGGGGAGAAGCACUACCUUGUGUGAUCAUUUUUCUUCCCAUGGAAGUAGUCUGUGGAUUACUUGGCUUAUAGUGGAUAUGUCCAAGGUACUCAUGGGGAAUUUAAUUAACAUUACGGCUAGUUGGCUCCUACAUUCUACAGCUGACUUUCUAAUACUCACGCCAAUCUUAUUAACCCACGUCCUUGAGGACAAGGAUGCUUUGAAGGGGUCGGUAAUGUCAUGUAUCCGUAGUGGAGGGGAGUGCCCAUAUUCUAUUGUAGUCAGUAGUUAGCUUAAUUUGUGUCAAGGUGUAAUGUGUGGUUGUAACCAUGUGGGGGAAUGGUGGUCGUCUGAUUAGUUUGGGAAACCUAGCUUUAUAAGGCCACAGUCUGUAAUGAAAAUGAUAUAAAAUUAUUAAUCAAAAAUAAAACUUGGUUCUUUA